AUGAGUCCUCCGCAACAAAAUGCGCGCAAUCAGACGUCGACCACUCGCCGAGCUGCACCUACACAUACCCGCACGUUGAGACCUCCUCCCCCACCGGGUGCUCGAAAGAAUAGCCACUCGGGCCAUUCCAAGAAGAGUCUUGCCUGCACGAAGAACAUUCUUGGUUCUGGCAAGAACAACAGCAAGACAGAGACAGAAGUCACGGUAGAGGACGAAGACAUGGCUGGUCUUCCGCAAUUCUGUGCUACUUGCGAAAAGCAGAUCCUCACACCUGCUUGCAACUCAAUCCUGUACUGCUCAGAGAGCUGUCGCCGGAAGGACCACAACAAGCCUCUCAGUCAUUCGAUUUUGCCAUCGGAGCCCUCACCACAGCCAACUACCCCCCGCAGCUCGUACUUCUUCGAUGAUCACCAGCCCGAGAUUCUUCCUAUGCGAUCACCGACUGUUGUUCGCCCACCAUCCUUGGCUUUCUCAGACGAUAGUUUCGACCUGUCUGCCUGUGAAGAGCAACCCAAAUAUCGCCGCAGCGAAAGCGAUGGUUCUCGAUGGCUCUCGCAGUUUCACCAUAACUCCGCCGACCACAGCCCUCGUCGUGCGAGCUAUGAUCCGUAUACGCCGUCACUGUCGCACACUCCAACCUCGCUGCUCAGUACUGCUGGAUCAUAUCUGUCUACUCGCCCACUUCCAGGUCGCAAGAAUCCCUACAGCGCAUCUUUCAGCUCUCUCUCGGUUGACCUUGUGACGCCGGUUGUCAACACCGAGUCAUUGGCAGCGCCAACCGAUCUCAGUCACCAGAGUACUUCUCUACGUAGUAGUGCAAGUACCAGCACUGCGUUGCGCGUCGUCGAGGGCGAGAUGAGUUACGGCAAGAAGGAUUACCCCGAAACUUCGCCUAGCAAGGGUAGCCUUCGACAACUUUUCUUCCACGAGGCUAUGCAGGCUCCUCCUAAAAACGAGUAG